UUGUGGUUGUGUGUGUAUAGAGGGGGGAUUAGCGAGGCUGCGCUUAAAAUCAGGAGAGAUGAGAGAAGUGAAUUAGCUAAGCUGUGGGCUGAGAUUAGGAUGGCUCAGAUGUCUGCUAACCAGCAGGAGGGGCAGAGUGAACCAAACAAGCCUCCUCACAGCACUGCUGCUGCUGCAGACAGAGUGGAGCAGUCUGCUGUGACUGACAGCUCUGAGCUCCUGGCUUCUGAAGAUGAACAGAGAAAGCCAAUCGUCUGUCCAGAAAUACUGUCUGAGGAGUAUCUUUCAAGGGACAAGUAUGAUGGUUCUCGAUACCACUGCCCGUUUACGAAGUCCCUUCAGAAGGCAGAGGCUCUGUUCCGGAUACGCUUCAACCCCAGUCUGAAGUGGCUCCUGAGGCAGAAGGGAGAUGGCAGCUGCUGGGAUUACGAAAAUGAGGAUAAUUUUGUGGCCUGUCAGAAUCUGACCUCCCGCUCCUCCAUGCGCCUCCAGCGCCUCGAGCACAACCUGCUGAGCCUCAGUUCUCAGUGCCGGGUGCUGCGCGGCGUGAGGGGCUGCUUGCAGGGAUGCGUUACGGGUCUUUCUGCUUCUGGAGAGGCGGAUUUUUACCACCAUCCUCAGGCAGCAGCUUUCAGCCAGCACUACGUUCAGCUUCAGCACCUGCUGGAGCAGCGGGCUCAGCUCCUGUUCCUCCACGAGUUCGGCCGCAGGUCUCGCGUGGCUAGCUGCUUCGUGACGCGGUUGGGUGAUGUCCUGGAAAGAGCCCGUCUCUUGCUGUUGGCCGGUGGAGGAGGUCCGGCUGCAGGGCUGCCCAGCAGCUCUACCUGGAACCUGGGGCUUCAGGCUAUGUGUGAGGAGCUGCAGCUUCACGUGAGCCACUGGGACCUGCUGUGCGCGAGAGCACGCUCUGACCUGUUCUUGCGACCCGUUCUUUUUAACCACUCUGAGAUGCUCGGCUCCAUGAGGAAGGCCCUGUCGAUGCUGGGUCUACAGGCUUUGCUGUUGAUGGAGCGCUGCAUCCACACGGCCCUCCUGGCUCUCGCUGCUGCUCAGCUCGGACGGGUUCCCAGAGAUGCUUUAGAGGACUUGGUGGCUGCUGUAGAGCUUUAUAAUCAUAUCGUGGCUCAGAAAAAAGCGACAACCUGGAGUUCGCAGGUUUUAUUCCGCUCCAACUGGUCUCAAAUUAGUCCAGGCUUUUCCAGGAACAGUGCCGAACCUGCUCCGUUCCCGGUGGUCCAGCUGAUGAAGAUUUUGGCUCGGAGGCGAGCGCAGAUCGCAUCAGAGCAGCUCUAUUACUGGACAUCUCAACAAACAGACCUCAUCUCUCUAUCAGGGCAGCCCAGCACUGAGUGGAGCGACUCUGGACCCUCAGAUCCUCCUCAGCCUUCAUCAUUUACCUCAGCCUCGAUCACAGCCGAGAAUUCACCCGACCCCCUCUCAGACGAUCCUCCAAAAAAGCAUCUCCACACUUCCUGGUCUUCCAAUCUGCCCCUCUCCACGUUUGUCCGCCGGGACCGAGAGUAUCUGGAGACUCUUUUUCAGGUCCUGGUGUCCUCCACAGACCUGCUGGCUCCUCAUAUUCCCAAAAGACCUCCGUUAGACAGAGCUCACACUGCAGACGGAGCGAUGGACAGUAGCCGCAGGGCCAGCGAAGGAGAGGAAAAGCUUCCAAACAGAGCCAAAACCGCCUCCAGCAGACACAAAGCCAUUCAGUGGAUGGACCUGAGCAAGUCUGACGCCUGUGUGGAGCUUUUCUCUCAGUACAGAGACAUGCUGUGGAACCAGUUUAACAGAUCUGUUAUAAAUUGCUUUUAUUACCAGCCUCACAGUGACAGGCUGGGUAGUGUGAACCAGUGGAAUUAUCAGAUGAUGUUCCUCCUGGGGAAGUGGCUGCAGCAUGCCUGUAAAGAAGAACUCGUUCCAGCAGAAUCCAAGGAUGUUUUGAAUAAAUUCUGCUUCCAUAUUUUAUCUACUGCUGCCUUCAUGCGUUGGGAUGAUAUGAUGUGUGCGUCUCUGGGUUUGGGGGUGAAUGAUAAGUGUUUACCUCGGCCUGUGCCGGAGAACUCUGCGGUCAGAACCGCCACCAUGGACCUCACCAUCCAGCUGUUCCCUCCUCUGUUCUGUGUUCUCCACCUGCUGCAAACCCCAGACCCAAACUCAGUAGGUGAGGAGGAAUCGGGCUGUAGUGUGUAUUAUCUGAAGUUGCUGCGCAGAGCUGUAGCCACUGUUCAGUCCUCUACGUUCUGGGUUAUGAGUAAAGCCUAUCAGUUUCUGGCUGCGUGGGCUCUCAAUAAGUUCCUGCUGGUAACACAAGGAGAUCUGAAGGUUCUGAGGAGGACAGUAGAGGUUUUGGCUCAGCAGCUGGAUGUUGUGGGUGACGGUGCUGAACAUCCUCUGAUUGUCCAACACAACCUCCAGCUAACUCGAGCAGUUUCACAACUACAGGCUUUCUCUGAGCUCGUCUUAAGGAUCUUUUCUAUGGACUGCAAGAAAAUGUCUGUGGAGAUUUUUGAGCAAACCAUGCCGUCAGCAAAACACUGGAGAGUGAACUAUAAAUCAGAAUUACCCAGCAGUCCGAGUGAGUACGCAGCGUCUGCAGCUCAGAGUGUGAUUGGUCAGGUGAUUGAAGGAGUUCAGCCUCUUCCAGAUGAAGCUCGAAUUCCAGCUCUUACUGAAGCCAUGACCGCUUUCAUGGAGGCCUGGAUGGAGCACAUCCUCAAACAGAAGAUCAAGUUCAGUAUUCAGGGAGCUCUGCAGCUGAAGCAGGAUUUUGACCUGAUCCGAGAUCUGAUUUGUUCAGAGGAGUACAGCCUGUCGGAGGAGCUGCACCACAGACUGCUGUCUCUGAGGGUUUUUCAGCAGGUGGACGGAGCUAUAGUCUGUCUGCUGCAGCAGCCUAUGGCCAAAACAUACGUUCUGUCUCGAGGAUGGGAUCCCUUCAGACGAUGCUGUCCAAAGCGAGGUCAGGUAGUGGACCAGGCAGCCGGCAGCCUCAAUAACCUGGAAACUAUGGACAUCCAGCCAAUGUGCCACCAGGCCCUGACCCAGGCGGAAGGCUCUGUGACCCCGGAGCUGCUCUCCACGGCUCCACCUGAGUCCUACCUGGCUGUGGCCCAACAGGAGUGGCUGGACCUGCGAAUUCACAGCGGCUCUCGCUGGAGACUCCCCGGCUUCCAGUGUUUCUCUAAAUCUGAGUCCUGAAUCACUGACCUGAAAACACAGAGAUCUGGAUUAGUAUUACAUCACCCAGAAAACAUUUCAGAGGAGAACGAGGGACUGAACUUCCUUUCAGAUUUACCUGGAAAUGGAAAUGCCUUUAAAAAAGCAAUUUUAAGAACAUUCUGAGAUUUCAGAUAAUGCCUGGACCGUUUUAAAUGUGAUUAAAGUGAUGAGAUGAAAUAGUUUAUCUAGUAAACAUGUGGUACAGUACAUGUUCUGGUUAAGAAGGGUCCUGCAGUAAAUAGAUAUUAUUAGGAAAUGUUUCCGCAUUAAUCACCUAAUAACCUCUUCAUGGAAAUCCACCCAGGCUCUUGGUUUAAUUCCAACCUAAACCUGAAACACCUCCUCAUCCAGUUGAUCAAGAGUGUCAAUCCUCUGUCUCAGACUGAGAGCUUCUGUAGCGUGCCAGACGCUUAAUAGUGCAGGAAGUGUGUUCACCCUGGGCACAGCAUGCCAGGGAUUUAGAGCACUUUAAUCCCAGGUGAGACGCUGCACACUGUUUGCUCUCAGCAGAAAUACACUGCAGUACAGGUUUAGAUUUAGUGUCUAGAUCUGGCCCAAAAAAUGCCCCCAGACCCGUCCCGAGCCCGAGUCCAACCCGCUCCAGACACUGUCAUUAUGAGCCCGAGCCUGAUUUAAACCCCACAUUUUUUUGUAAUUAGUGUGUUAAAACUGAGCUUUUUACAAAUCUUUUCAGGCUGUUUGAAUGAGCUAAAUCUGUUCAGAAUGUUAAUGUUAAAUAACAUUGCAACACUGAAGAAGCACAGACCUAUUAUCUUAAUAAACAUAAGAAAAAUGUUUAAUAAUAACAGCUAAAUGCAGCGCUGCAAAUCAGAUGCGGACAAGUGGUGAUUAUAACAUUCUAACUUGUGCAAGUUUUAUUUAAAAACAGUUUGAUUUGUUAAUUUGCUAUUUUGCGUUUAUCACGCCAUAGCAUUAUAUAAAAUAACUAAUAGCCUUAAAAACAGACACCUACUAUACAGACCAUUUUCUUGAAAAUAAGGGAAAAAUAGCUACUUUUAAUAAUAAUAUUUUUGUAAAUUUUAAUGCCUUUUUGAACAAGAAUGUGAAACCAAUUGAGAACUGUUACUACGUGUGCAGCUGGUAUUUUUAUAUCAUUUAUUUUGUUCAUUAUUUCAAUAUUUUAGUAUGAUAGAUAUUUUUUUCAUAUAUUUUAUUUUAUCAAUGACUUGCAUUUAAAUGUUACUUAUUUUAUCUACAUGUUUACUGUAUUUAUUCCAGAGCAUACAUAAAAAAAGCUGCAUGUAUGAAGAUCCUGAGCAUUGGAUAAAAAAGAACACAAGACUUUUGAAUGUAUUUAUGUAUUUAUAUAAUCCUGAAACAGAUAUUAUAAGAGUUCUUGUAUCUUACCUUCUAAUUUCUUAAUGUACAUUCCACCAUAUUUUUGACCAAAUAAACAUUUUGUUUCGUAUAAAAAGAAA